UCCGUGAGAGGUCUAGUGAUGAAUAUUUAUUAUCAGGUGUCAGUGUGUGGCGAAGGCGAAAAGAUGGAGAUGAAACUUUGCAUUGCAUUGUUUAUUUUGGGCCUGGUUUCCACUGUUUUGGCUAAAGGUGGACACCAUAGCCGUGGUGAUAAAGAUCGUCACAGAAAGGGAAAGGGUGAAGAGCAUCCUAAAUGCCCUGAACCGAUCACAUCCAACAAAUUGCCUUUCCAAUGCACCGUAUCUGGGAAGUGCGACACCUUCUCCUGCCAUCGUGAAAUUUUGGGUAAAACUGUGAAGGUUGUCCUAAUGAUUGACAGGUCCAAAGAACCACUGAGCGCGGAGAUCAAAGUAUACGUUCCGUCGCCUAAGUUCGACUGGUCACACACCUUCCAGAGUGGGGACAAGUAUGAGGUGGAAGGUUCUCCAGUGAAGGGCAUGUUUGUGUCCUUGACAAUGGAAAAAACCGCGAAAGGAAUUGCUUUCAAGCUGGACUUGUCUGUGGAUGGUAUAGAGCUGGACGAGCCAGUGUUACAAGGAAAACUGCCAAUGGGGGGAGAUUAUGAUGACGAGGGACACCAUGAUGGGCACAAAGGUCAUCAUAAGGGACGAUGCAGCAGGGCUUAUGCCUGGUUUAAACGCCAACCUGGAGCCGUUAAGGCUGCUGUUGUCAUCAGCGCCAUCUUAGGCUUGUCCUUGUUGAUUUCUGGUAUAGUUUACUGCUGCAAGAAGCGCCGAGCCACACCCAUUGGCGCCCUGAAGGUGAAGCCUCCAUCCUAUGACGAGGCCACAAGCGAGGUCAAGUCCAAGGUUCCCAUGGAACCGCUUGUCAACGAGGAGUAGUACUCAAGUUCCGCACCCCGUUUCAGCUCUCAGUAGACUUAGUUAACUUUUCGUGUAAAUCAUAGAAAUUGUCUUCGAUAGUUUCAAGUUAGCUGUUAUCAUGUGUGUUCAUGCAGAUGAAGACGAAAUGUAAAAUUGGUGACAGAGAUAAGGGUUAACUUCGAACUUCCCGGAGAUCUGGUUGAUUUACAGUGCACGUUUUUAGUAGUUUGAUAAUGUGAUGAGUUCACAGCGUGAACUCAAGAGAGCUGUAACUUUUAUUUUGAUUUGGCACAUUUUUUAUUACAAUACGUUGAGUCUGUAUGUCGUUCAGUGUGUGAUGUAGUGCUUUGUUACCUAAAUGAUUAAACGUCGUUGCAUAGCAACGACUUAAGAGCACAA